GAUUGCUCCCAUUCAGCUGUGGAUCUGUGGGAGGUCAGAUCCUCUCUGGGACCAACUUCAACACUCCUUAAACUGAACGUCGCUACUAGGCCUGAUGCUACUUAAAUGGCAGCUAUGUUGGGUAUAGGAACCAGAAGCGGGGUUAGGGAAGGCUACGAGAAUGAAGGUGCCUCCCUCCUGUGGGACACCAGGUAAGGAACCCUGCAGGUACUUCAAGGCUGUCUCCACGGACAGUUUUCGGGGACCUGCGAGGAGAGGCGCAACAAGACGGCGCCGCCCACCUCCGGACAGAGCCGGCCCUGGGGUUCCGGCGGCAGCCUUAGUCCCUCCCGGCACUUGGCACUUCCGUCUCAACAUCCAGGGAUGCCAGGCACUUCCUCUCAAACAAUCUCUUCCCCAGGCCUCGACAGCCUCAUGGCCCGAGCCGAGUUGCGUGCGGCUCUUCAGCAGCGGCUGGACGCCCUCGGCAUCAGCACGGAGGUCGUGGAGCAUCCGGAGGUGUUUACAGUUGAAGAAAUGAUGCCUCAUAUCCAGCAUUUGAAAGGAGCACACAGUAAGAACUUAUUUCUCAAAGACAAAAAGAAAAAAGGCUAUUGGCUGGUGACAGUUCUUCAUGACAGACAAAUUAAUUUAAAUGAUCUUGCCAAGCAGUUAGGUGUUGGGAGUGGAAAUCUGCGGUUUGCUGAUGAAACGGCCAUGCUAGAAAAACUACAAGUUGGCCAAGGCUGUGCCACACCCUUGGCACUAUUUUGUGAUCAUGGAGAUGUGAAAUUUGUUCUGGAUUCUGCUUUUUUGGAAGGCGGACAUGAGAAGGUGUACUUUCAUCCAAUGACCAAUGCUGCAACCAUGGGAUUGAGCCCUGAAGACUUUCUUACAUUUGUGAAGAAGACAGGACAUGAUCCCAUAAUACUAAAUUUUGAUAAAAACAACUAAUUGGGCUAAUGUUUAGAAUACAUUUCUGAAAGCUGUGUUUCUUAUUUGUAAUUUGUAAAAAGCAUUAAUCCUAAGAACAUUUAGCACCUUGGUUUGGUGACCACUUAAGUCAUUUUAGGAGGGAUAUUUUAUCUUAAAGCUGUUUUUAAAAAGAUCUAUUGAGGUAGUGUUAGCUCAGAUAACCGUGGCCCCAUCCUCCAUUCCCUAUAACUCAUUACAGAAAUGCCUUCAUGGGUGGCUGGGUUGGGAUGGGAGUAAAAGAUAUAGAAUUGUACUGCAACAACAAUUAAAAUAAAAAAAAAUACCUUCAGAAAUUAA